UGUUCAGAACGGAUUCGUUGUUUACGUGAAGCCAACAAGGAGUGCAGGAGGUGAAUCUGCGGUUUGACGGCGGGGGUGUAGGCGACCAUCGGAAUAGCCAGGGCGCUUCCAUCCGAAGUUUUCCGGCUGGUGAUUCUGCGGUGGUAGAAGGAAGCGAAGAUAACCGGCAGAAUUUUGCUGUUUUUAUCUCGGUAUAGGCAGCAGAUCUGCGAAAGGAGGUACGAGAGGAAAGCAAGGACUCUAGCUUCAACAACCAAAGUAGGAAAACGUCGACUGCAGAUGAAUUAGCCCGGAGAAAACUUAGGAAUUUCACGCCGGUCAAUUAAGUGCAAGAGAGAGAGAGAGAGAGAGGGAGAGAGUCGGAGAGAAGAAGCCAGUUUCAGCGUGGUAGCUCCCUAGGUGGAGUGAAAGAAAGAAAUUGACGAUGGAUCGGAAACUUACGAUUGUCUGCUUGCUUUGGGCUGUAGUUUACAUCACCUGUGUCGGAGCAACUGGUAGGCAAGGUGAAAAGAAAUCCCCAAACGAAAAAGACUUUGAAUUCUAUGAUCAAGAUAGCUCAAAAGCAAAAGCCACAGCCAAAAAACUAGUAGACACGUUAAAGGACGAUGAGGAUUAUUUACGCGACCAGGCAGGGUCAGGGGAGGGGCAGGAUGAUGACGGUGAAGAGGGGAGUGGUUACGGGUCGACCAGUAAAAGACCCGUCACUGUGUCUUAUCCAGCUACAACGCCCUCUAGUGGUGGGAGACAAGAAUAUUUUCGAGUCACAAUCAACAUCACGUCCAUGGACUAUCACCCAGCAUUGUCAGACAGGUAUAGCCCAGAAUUCCAAGAGCUUUCCACACAGUUAGCCGCGGCACUGACAAGGCUCUUUGCUGACAUAGACGGAACUCAACAAAUAAAUAUUUUACAGUUUAGGAGAGGCUCCCUCAUGGUGACAUUUGACUUGGGCACUCAGGGCUACUACGACAAACUUAAUCUCUAUAAUGUCAUCAAUAAUGCAGUGAACAGUGGAUACAUUGGAGCAUACAGGGUCAGCCCAUUGGGGUUCAGCUUCAGAGCAUUGGGAGGUGGUGUUAGUAGGCCGUGUCCACCUUUUACGGGACGCCCUGUUGGCGAUCUUCCGCGCCUUGGAAACAAUUGGGCAAACCUGAUGGUAAAUAAUGCUUUUGCCUGCGAUGGUUACGUCACUGAAUGGACUGUAUACAGGGGGACAAGUGUUGGAACAGCUUAUCUUGGCAUAUGGCGCCAGCUAGGGGACAAAGACAUGGUUCUCCUCCAAAAGGUGGCAAUACCUCCAGCUCCUAUAGGUAACCAGAAAAUUAAACUAAACCGUGCAUGGGAGGUCAAAAAAGGCGAUUUCCUUGGAAUACACUAUCCACGAUCCACACCAGGAGGCGUUGUUGCCAGUGCUACUCAGGCUGAUGGUGUUUCAGAUAUCGAGCUGUACAGGAAUUAUAAUGUGGAGAUUUUUGAUGAUGAUAUCACGGAGAAUAUCCCUCUGAAUUUGGGUCUGUACGCGGGAGGAUACGACAGGAGGACGUAUGCACUUCAGGGAGCCAUGGAGUACGAGGUCACCAACUUGGUCGACCCAAUUCCUGUAGCCGCACCAAUUCUUCCAACACAGUCACCACCAGACAUCACAUGUCAUUCCACGGAAUUCAGGUGCCGAAAUAACGGCGCAUGCAUCACGUUAGGCCAAAGGUGUGAUGGACAUCGAGAUUGUGCUGAUAAUUCAGAUGAAGAAAAUUGUGCAACCGAUGCGCCGCGCUGUUAUUCAAACGAGUUUCAGUGUCGUAAUGGCGGCACGGCAAAUGCUCCAUCUGGCUCGUGCAUUUCAAUCACACAAGUUUGCGAUGGCCACCGAGAUUGCGCAGAUAACACUGACGAGGAGAACUGUCCGCCACCUAGCUGUAGUGCUGGGGAGUUCAGGUGCACCGAUGGAACAUGUAUCGACAGUCGUCGUCGCUGUGACAACUUUCCUGACUGCCGUGACAGGAGUGACGAAGAGAACUGCCUGCCUAGGCAAUGUCGCAGGGAUCAGUUCCGCUGUAGUAACGGUGCAUGCAUCGAUGAGAACAAGCGUUGCGACAGGAAGUUGGACUGCCAAGAUGGGACAGAUGAACUUGGCUGUCAGUCGAUACCUUGUAGAUCUGGAGAGUGGCGCUGUGAGAACGGCAAUUGUAUACCAGAGGCAAAACGUUGUGACAGAACGCAAGAUUGCCCUGAUAACACUGAUGAGUUAGACUGUCCAUUGCGACCAUGUGGUGCAAACCAGUUCACGUGUACGUCUGGACAAUGCAUUCGUUCAAGCCAGCGUUGCGACAGGCGAAGGGACUGUCAGGACGGAUCAGAUGAAGUUAACUGUCCCUUCUGCCUGCCGGGAGAGUAUCGCUGCCGGAAUGGUCAGUGCGUUCCACGGAACAGUCGUUGCGACAGAAGAUACGAUUGUUCUGACCGCUCCGACGAGUUGAAUUGUCCUGUCCCAACUGUAGUGACCGUGUCACCGAGACAGUUGCAGAUCUUGGAGGGCAGGGAUGCUGUGUUCCAGUGUGUGGCGACAGGAAAUCCUCCCCCGCCAGUCAGGUGGUUCAAGGCAGGCAGUCAGGCUCUUCCCUUCAAGGCGUCAGACAACCGUGGUAGGCUGACCAUACAGGGUGCUCGCGUGGAAGAUUCUGGGGUUUACGAGUGUCAAGCUUUAGGUACCGGUGGCACUUUCCAAGCCACUGCACGUUUGAUAGUGUCAAGAGGUCAGCCGGUCACUCCAGGGCCAGUGGGUCCUUGUGGACCUGGUCGGUUCCAAUGUUUGGACCGUGAGAAAUGUCUUCCAAAUGAUUACAAGUGCGAUGGUGACUAUGACUGCACUGAUAGAUCCGAUGAGUUGAACUGCUUGAACAUACCCUGUGAACCCAAUGAGAGACAGUGCAGGAAUGGCAAGUGUAUCCUCAAGAUCUGGAUAUGUGAUGGUGACAACGACUGUGGCGAUGGCUCUGAUGAACAGAAUUGUCCAACUGCGCCCCCUGGUGCCCCGUGCCGUGCAGAUGAGUAUCGCUGCGUCGAUGGCAACCAGUGCAUUCCUCAGAGUUACCAGUGCGAUGGAGAAUUUGACUGCCAGGACAGCUCCGAUGAAAUUGGCUGCACCUCUCCCACUGUCACCAUCCCCCCACGACCCAUGAUCAUGGUGAACAUUGGGGAAACUAUCACCAUAACUUGUACCGCCAUUGGCGUCCCUGUCCCCCUCAUAACAUGGCGUCUCAACUGGGGGCACGUCCCCAAACCACCGAGAGCGACGCAGACCUCAGAAAAUGGUCGCGGUGUUCUGGUUAUUCGUAAUGCUAUCGAGACUGAUGCUGGUGCUUACACCUGUGAAGCUCUGAAUAACAAAGGCAGUAUUUUUGCUCAGCCUGACGCCAUUGUGGUUGUGAAACCCUCCCCACCACUAUGCUCUGCGCCAUUUUUCAACUCUGAUGCCAAGAACGUCAGGGACUGCAUCCGGUGCUUCUGUUUUGGUAUUACUGACCAGUGCACAAGUAGUAAUCUACACCUGUCACAGCUAUUCAUGGGUAACACAGUAGAACUAGUCAGUAAAGACACCAGGGCCCCACAGCCCAAUAACCUGGUCCAAUACCUACCCACACAGAGAGAGUUUGUGAUUCAGGACUUCAACAGGAGAGUGCGACCGUCAUCAGGGUUGUAUUACUUCGAUAUGCCCAGACAGUUCUUAGGGAAUAGGAUCACGAGUUAUGGAGGUAACUUGCAGUACACAGUCCAGUACCAGACUCCUACAGGCACUCAGAGCAGACUGGCCACAGCUGAUGUCAUCAUGAAGGGUAAUGGAAUAACACUGUAUCACAGGAGGCAGACGCAGCCAAGGCCAGGUUUGACAGAGAGCAUCAGUGUCCCCCUUGUGGAGAGUGCAUGGACAACUUCUGAAACCCCUCGUCGUGGUGACCAGACAGUUCCUUCUCCUGCCUCCAGGGCAGACAUCAUGACGGUGCUACAGAACCUGGAGUAUAUUAUGAUAAGGGGAAGCUAUGACACCUUCCAGACUGAAGUCAGACUGGGCAAUGUGUUCCUGGACACAGCAGUGACCACGGAUACUGGACGUGGCCGCGCCUUCUUGGUGGAAGAGUGCGCCUGUCCUACUGGGUAUACUGGAACUUCCUGUGAGCAAUGUGCCCAAGGUUUCCGCCGUAUGCCAUCAGGGAACCGUUACCUGGGCCAGUGUGUGGGAUGUAACUGUAAUGGCCACUCCAACCAGUGUGACUCUGACAGGGGAGUCUGUAUUAACUGUCAACACAACACAGAAGGAAACAACUGUGAGAGGUGUAAGCCUGGUUUCUAUGGUGAUGCUAGGAGAGGGACACCUGGGGACUGCUUGGUGUGUCCUUGUCCACUGACUGACCCCAGAAACCCCAAUUCCAGAGAAUGUUAUGUAGAGGGAGAUGGACAGGUGAGAUGUCGCAGCUGCCCCACGGGAUACCAGGGCAGAUUGUGCCGUGACUGUGCCCCAGGCUACCAACGCAGAGGAAGUCGCUGUGUCGCAAUUACUGUGACAUGUAAUGCAGCUGGCAGUCGCUUACCACAACCAGAUGGACGAGGACAAUGUUUGUGUAAGGAGAACACAGAGGGGCCAUACUGUGACAGGUGCAAGGCCAACACGUUUUUCCUAUCAGAGAACAAUCCAUACGGCUGUAUAUCCUGCUUCUGUAGUGCAGUCACCAGAGUAUGUGACAGUACAACAUGGAACAGGGCCCAGAUCAGUGCUGUAUUUUCUACCUUUGACACCCAAGGAUUUAAACUGACCACUGAGAGGAAUGACCAGCAGUAUGACCAGGGGAUGGUAGUGGACACUGCCAGUCGGUCACUGGUCUAUAGGAACCUGCUCAGCCUGCCUCAGGACACUUACUACUGGUCUCUGCCACAGAAAUUCCUUGGGGACAGGGUGACGGCCUAUGGUGGUAACUUGAGGUUCACCAUCUCCUUCUCUGACCUUGGAGAUGCUCCCACCACUGAGCCUGAUGUCAUCAUUGUGGGUAAUGACAUCACAUUGACAUACAGACACAGUGACGUCAUGUUGUCUGGAACUAAGCAGUCCUUCCAAGUGCCUUUCUAUGAGCAAUUCUGGCAGCGUCCUGAUGGUUCCCCUGCCAGCAGAGAGUUUAUCAUGAUGGCCCUGUCUGAUCUGUCUGCCAUCCUCAUUAAGGCCUCGUACACUGGGAGAACUCAGGAAACCAGGUGA